CCAAAUUCUCAAACCCCCUCACCUUCUUCUUCUUCUUCAUCUCUAAUUCACUUUUCGAAGAUGAACUCAUACAGAUCUUGCUGCGCUCUUCCCAUUAUUGGGUUCAUCUUCAUGGCCCUCUUCGGCCUCAGCUAUGGUCAGGAAGCCCCAGCUCCUUCUCCGACCAGCGAUGGUGCGGCUAUAGAUCAAGGAAUUGCUUACAUCCUUUUGGUGCUGGCUUUGGCGAUGACAUACCUGUUGCAUUGAUCGGAUCUUUGAGUUUUAGGGUUAGGCAGUAGCAGCGAGACUUGAUUGAUGAGCUUGUUCUUGUUGUGUACUAUAUGUAGCAUAAAAUUUGAUUCAUACUUUUUUUAUGUAAUUUUUCUACUUAUAUUCAAUUGGAGAAAUUGCAGCGGCUUGUUUAU